AUGUUUCAAAUGCAAAUAAUCCUACAAAAUCUAAAAAAAAUUUUAACAAAACAAAAUCGAGGGCCCCAUUCAACAACAAAUGGAUGUAGAAUUGGAGGUCCUCAUCGUUCAUCCAAUGUAAAAAAGUAUAGAUGUGAUAUCUGCGAGAAGACUUUUAGCCGUUCAAAUACGUUAAUUACGCAUAAGCGUAUCCAUACUGGCGAAAAGCCUUUCUCCUGUGAACAUUGUGGAAGAGCAUUUAGACAACCUGGAAAUUUGACAAGACAUGCUUAUACACAUACAACUGUAAAGCCUUUUGUAUGUACACAAUGUGGAAAAGCUUUUAAUCGAGCCAGCAAUCUACAAACACACAUACGCGGCCAUCAACAAAACAUAGAAGCUACUACCUCCGUUUAA